CAUACAACGCGUCGCGCUCGACAACGACCACGACGAUGGACUACAACCAUCAAACUAUCAUCUACGUCCUCACUGCCUGCAAGAAUGACGACGCCGGAGACCUUGUCGCUAUUGGAGGCGAGCAUUCUGUCCAAGUUCUCCUUGUGAAAGAAACCGGCUGCGAGUCCCUGGCAGCCUUUCACAUUGGAUCUCGGAUUACCGCCAUAGCAUGGUCGCCCAAAACUGUCUCUCCGUCGUCUAGCGACAACUGGGUCAUUGAGCUCGCUGCUGCCGGAGUUGACUAUGGUCUGCAUCUACUCACAAAGCUACCCAAGGACGAAGAAAAUAUAUUCCACUUUGGCGGAGGUCUGAGUGGGCACCACGGCAAAGUGAACGACAUGUGUUUUGGUGGCGGUAGAGGAAGCGAUGCCUCUCGUUACAUCGCCACCGUCUCAGGUAACCCCUUCGACUCGUCUGUGUAUUUCUUACCACUUACAUUAUGUCCAGAUGACAAAAUGCUUAUGGUGUGGAACCUACUCCCUUCCGUUGACACGGCCUCAAUGCUGGUCUCGCCAGUGGCGCACAGCGGCACGGCAUCCCCUCCCCCAAGGGCACAGCCGACGGCAUAUGUUAUCGCAUUUCCCCACUCACUGACGUCCAUCAAUUCUCAUCCAUCUACCAGCAAAGAAUUCCUUGUUUCAGAUUGCAAGGGAUCUCUAUUCCUUACGGAUUGGCGUUCAGAUCCAGAUGACCCAGAUCAAGAUUCCUGGCAUAAUUCAAGCCUAGUUGAGCUUGUGGAACCACACGCUCUGUCGGAGGCUUCUUUAGGACGGUCCCUGCAAUGGUCGGGCUCAGUAGCCUGGCAAAGAGAUUCAGCCAACAUUGUGGGAGCCGUGUACGGGUCCAAAUUUUCCAUAUGGGAUCUCUCCAAGCUUCAAGGUGGCAAACCCCUUACCGCUGGAAAUAGUUUCCCGGAAGGCGGGGAUAAGUUCCGAUGGUGCUAUACCUAUCCCGACUACUUUGCCAUCUCGACACAGUCUCCCUCGAAAGGCGCCCUUAUCCAUGUACACAACCUGAGUUAUGUGCAUGCGCAACCCGAGAUCUUUACCGUAGCAUCUCGGCCCCAUCUCGUUCGCGACUUUGAUUUUCUUGGUCUUCGUGGUAUCCCACGGUUGGCAGUGGCUGUUGCCCGAACAGUGGUGAUUUUCCCAAUCGGUGUCGAACCCUGAUCAACCGCUAUCAACCGCCCUUUAAUUUGGUCUUCCGGUAAAUACGGAAUCUGGUCACUGUAUAGCGCCGAACAAGAGACCGAAUUGCCAAAAAAAUCAAUGUCAUAUAU